AUGAUGGACAUGUCAGAAUUCGGGGAAGCUGCAGCCUUCCUCCGAAAGAGUGAGAAGGAGAUUAUGGUGUUGCAGACUGUGGCCUUUGAUGGGAAGAAGAGAUGCUGGAUUCCAGAUGAUAAGAAAGCUUAUAUAGAAGCAGAGAUAAAAGAAAGUGGAGGUGGCAAAGUCACCGUUGAGACUACAGACGGGAAGACGAUAACUGUGAAGGAAGAUGAUGUUCAACAGAUGAAUCCUCCAAAGUUCGAUAUGAUGGAAGAUAUGGCUAUGCUGACACAUCUGAAUGAGGCAUCUGUCCUACAAAAUUUGAACAGACGCUACACGAACUGGAUGAUCUAUACUUACUCGGGUCUCUUCUGUGUGACAAUAAACCCUUAUAAAUGGCUUCCUGUCUACAAGACUGAGGUUGUUGCGGCUUACAAGGGCAAAAGACGGUCAGAGGCCCCUCCUCACAUCUUCUCCAUUGCAGAUAAUGCAUACCAUGACAUGCUGCGCAAUCGGGAGAACCAAUCAAUGUUGAUUACUGGAGAAUCUGGUGCCGGCAAGACUGUGAAUACGAAACGUGUCAUUCAGUAUUUUGCCACAGUAGCAGCAAUUGGUGAACCUGGGAAAAAGAAUGGGACCUUGGAAGAUCAAAUCAUCCAAGCCAACCCAGCCUUGGAAGCCUUUGGGAAUGCCAAAACCCUGAGAAAUGACAACUCCUCGCGCUUUGGUAAAUUUAUCAGAAUCCAUUUUGGAACCACAGGCAAGCUCUCGUCUGCUGAUAUUGAAAUCUAUCUACUAGAGAAAUCCCGAGUUAUUUUCCAGCAACCAGGAGAAAGGGACUACCACAUCUUCUACCAAAUCUUGUCAGGAAAGAAAGCAGAACUUCAAGACAUGCUACUGGUGUCAACAAACCCAUAUGACUACCACAUCUGCUCGCAAGGUGUAGUUACUGUGGACAAUUUAGAUGAUGGGGAAGAAUUGAUGGCAACUGAUCAAGCCAUGGAUAUUUUGGGCUUUGUUCCAGAUGAAAAAUAUGGUGCCUACAAACUCACAGGUGCUAUUAUGCACUUUGGAAACAUGAAAUUUAAACAGAGACCUAGGGAGGAGCAGGCUGAGGCUGAUGGCACUGAAAGUGCUGACAAAGCUGCUUACCUGAUGGGAGUUAACUCUUCUGAUAUGAUUAAGGGUUUGGUGCAUCCUAGAGUGAAAGUUGGAAAUGAGUAUGUGACGAAAGGCCAAAGUGUAGAACAGGUUAGCUAUUCGGUUGGUGCCUUGUCCAAGGCAGUAUAUGACAGAAUGUUCAAGUGGCUGGUUACCCGCAUCAAUAAGACCUUGGACACUAAGUUACCAAGACAGUUCUUCAUUGGGGUGCUGGACAUUGCUGGCUUUGAGAUCUUUGAUUUUAACAGCUUUGAGCAACUUUGCAUCAACUUCACCAAUGAAAAAUUGCAACAAUUUUUCAAUCACCACAUGUUUGUCCUGGAGCAAGAAGAGUACAAAAAGGAAGGCAUUGAAUGGGUAUUCAUUGACUUUGGAUUGGAUUUGCAGGCCUGCAUUGAUCUCAUUGAAAAGCCCUUGGGCAUCUUGUCUAUCCUUGAAGAGGAAUGCAUGUUCCCAAAGGCUACAGACAUGACCUUCAAAGCUAAGCUCUAUGACAACCAUCUUGGCAAGUCACCCAACCUGCAGAAACCCAGGCCUGAUAAAAAAAGGAAGUACGAAGCACAUUUUGAACUCCUGCACUAUGCUGGAGUGGUCCCUUAUAAUAUCGUUGGUUGGCUUGAGAAAAACAAAGACCCACUCAAUGAAACUGUGGUGGGCACUUUUCAAAAGUCUUCCAACAAACUUCUUGCAAGCCUGUUUGAAAAUUAUAUUAGCGCUGACAGCGCUGAUCACAGUGGAGAGAAGAAACGCAAGAAAGGUGCUUCCUUCCAAACGGUGUCAUCAAUGCAUAAAGAAAAUUUAAACAAACUGAUGACUAAUCUAAGAUCUACAGCUCCUCACUUUGUGCGCUGUAUUAUUCCCAAUGAAACAAAAACUCCAGGUGUUAUGGACCCUUUCCUUGUCCUUCACCAGCUUCGCUGUAAUGGUGUCUUGGAAGGAAUUCGUAUUUGCCGCAAGGGCUUUCCAAACAGAGUUAUCUAUGCUGACUUUAAGCAAAGAUAUCGCAUUCUGAAUCCUUCUGCAAUUCCAGAAGACAAGUUUGUGGACAGCAGGAAAGCCGCUGAAAAAUUACUCGGUUCUUUAGAUAUUGAUCAUAACCAAUAUAAGUUUGGACACACAAAGGUCUUCUUUAAGGCUGGUCUCUUGGGACACCUGGAAGAAAUGAGGGAUGAGAGAUUAGCCAAGAUUUUGACACUAAUUCAAGCAAGAGCCCGAGGCAGAUUGAUGCGCAUUGAGUUCCAGAAGAUUGUAGAACGAAGAGAUGCACUGCUUGUGAUCCAGUGGAAUCUCCGAGCUUUCAUGGUUGUGAAGAACUGGCCUUGGAUGAAGCUUUUCUUUAAGAUCAAGCCCCUGCUGAAGUCUGCAGAAACUGAAAAAGAAAUGGCUAAUAUGAAGGAAGAGUUCCUGAAAUUAAAGGAGGCCUUGGAGAAAUCGGAAGCCAGGAGGAAGGAGCUUGAGGAAAAGCAAGUUUCCCUGGUGCAGGAGAAAAAUGACCUGCUCCUUCAGCUGCAGGCAGAGCAAGACACUCUGGCAGAUGCAGAAGAAAGAUGUGACUUGCUGAUUAAAUCCAAGAUCCAGCUAGAGGCCAAAGUCAAAGAGCUGACUGAGCGGGUGGAAGAUGAAGAGGAGAUGAACUCUGAGCUGACAUCCAAAAAGAGAAAGCUGGAAGACGAAUGCUCUGAGCUGAAGAAAGACAUUGAUGACCUUGAAAUAACGCUGGCAAAAGUUGAGAAAGAAAAACAUGCUACUGAAAAUAAGGUUAAAAACUUGACAGAAGAAAUGGCAGCACUUGACGAAACCAUCAGCAAGCUGACAAAAGAAAAGAAGUCCUUGCAGGAAGCUCAUCAGCAGGCUUUGGAUGACUUGCAAGCUGAAGAAGACAAAGUCAACACCCUGAGCAAAGCUAAAGUGAAACUGGAGCAGCAAGUAGAUGAUCUCGAGGGGUCUCUUGAGCAAGAAAAGAAAGUGAGAAUGGAUCUGGAAAGGGCCAAACGCAAACUGGAAGGGGACUUGAAGCUGACUCAAGAGAGUGUCAUGGAUUUGGAGAACGAUAAGCUGCAACUGGAGGAGAAGUUAAAGAAGAAAGAAUUUGAAAUCAGUCAGAUGAACUCCAAGAUGGAGGAUGAGCAGGCUAUAGUGAUGCAGCUCCAAAAGAAGAUAAAAGAGCUUCAGGCCCGCAUAGAGGAGCUGGAAGAGGAGCUGGAAGCAGAAAGAGCUGCCCGGGCAAAAGUGGAAAAGCAAAGAUCAGACCUGGCCCGAGAGUUGGAAGAGCUCAGUGAGAGGCUAGAAGAGGCCGGGGGCGCCUCUGCAGCCCAGCUGGAAAUGAACAAGAAGCGGGAGGCAGAGUUUCUGAAACUGCGACGGGACCUGGAAGAGGCCACGUUGCACUACGAGGCGACGGCUGCGACGCUGAGGAAGAAGCAUGCUGACAGCAUGGCUGAGCUUGGGGAGCAGGUGGACAACCUGCAGAGGGUCAAACAGAAACUGGAGAAAGAGAAGAGUGAGCUGAAGCUGGAAGUGGAUGACCUAUCAUCCAAUAUGGAACAACUGGUCAAGGGAAAGGCAAACGCAGAGAAACUGUGUCGCACUUUUGAAGACCAUCUCAAUGAGGCAAAGAGCAAAGUGGAUGAGAUGACCCGUUUAGUGAAUGAUCUCAGUACCCAAAAAGGAAAGCUGCAAACUGAGAAUGGUGAAUUUACAAGACAGCUGGAAGAGAAAGAAUCGCUUAUAAACCAACUUUCCCGAGGGAAGUUGUCUUUCACUCAACAAAUAGAUGAACUUAAAAGGCAGCUGGAGGAAGAGACCAAGUCCAAGAAUGCUUUGGCCCAUGCUCUGCAAGCUGCCCGCCAUGACUGUGACCUUUUGCGUGAGCAGUAUGAGGAGGAGCAAGAAGCUAAGGCAGAGCUGCAGAGGGCGCUCUCCAAGGGGAAUGCAGAAGUGGCACAGUGGAGAACUAAAUACGAAACGGAUGCUAUCCAAAGGACUGAGGAAUUGGAAGAUGCCAAGAAAAAGUUGGCAGCCCGUCUUCAAGAAGCUGAAGAAGCCAUUGAGGCAGCCAAUGCCAAAUGCUCAUCUCUGGAGAAGACCAAACACAGGCUGCAGAAUGAGCUGGAGGACAUGAUGAUUGAUUUAGAAAAGUCCAACUCAGCAGCAGGAGCCCUGGACAAGAAACAGCGUAAUUUUGACCGGAUUAUAGCUGAGUGGAAACAGAAGUACGAGGAGUCCCAAGCAGAGCUCGAAGGUGCCCAGAAGGAAGCUCGAAGCCUCAGCACGGAGUUAUUCAAGCUGAAGAACGCCUACGAGGAAAGCCUGGACAACCUGGAGACCUUAAAAAGGGAAAACAAGAAUCUCCAAGAGGAAAUUUCAGACCUAACUGACCAGAUCAGUGAAGGAAACAAGAACCUUCAUGAGAUAGAGAAAAUGAAGAAGCAGAGCGAGCAAGAAAAAUCAGAGGUCCAACUAGCUCUGGAAGAAGCUGAGGGGGCUCUGGAACAUGAAGAAAGCAAAUCAUUACGUUAUCAACUGGAACUUUCCCAAAUUAAAGCAGACUUUGAAAGAAAGCUGGCAGAAAAAGAUGAAGAAAAUGAAAACUUCAGACGAAACCAGCAGCGUACCAUAGACACCCUGCAGUCCACCUUGGAUUCUGAAGCCAAAAGUAGGAAUGAGGCCAUCCGACUGAAGAAGAAGAUGGAAGGAGAUCUCAAUGAGAUGGAAAUCCAGCUCAGCCAUGCUAACCGGCAUUCCUCAGAGGCAACAAAGACUGCACGCAUCCUUCAGGCUCAAAUAAAGGAUCUGCAAGUGCAGCUUGAUGAUUCAACUCACCUGACUGAAGACUUCAAAGAGCAGCUGGCUGUCACUGACCGACGUAACACCCUCCUCCAGUCUGAGCUGGAUGAGCUGAGGGCUCUGCUAGACCAGACAGAACGUGGCCGUAAAUUAGCGGAGCAAGAGCUGCUGGAAGCCACUGAACGUGUGAACCUUCUACACACCCAGAAUACCAGCCUGAUCAGCCAGAAAAAGAAACUGGAGACUGAUAUCACUCAAAUGCAAAAUGAAGUGGAGGAAGCCAUACAGGAGUGCAGGAAUGCCGAAGAAAAGGCCAAGAAAGCAAUCACAGAUGCUGCAAUGAUGGCUGAAGAACUUAAAAAAGAGCAAGACACCAGUGCUCACUUGGAACGAAUGAAAAGGAACAUGGAACAGACUAUUAAAGAUCUACAGAAGAGACUGGAUGAAGCAGAGCAAAUUGCUCUGAAAGGGGGAAAGAAGCAGAUUCAAAAGUUGGAAUCCAGGGUCCGUGAGCUGGAAAAUGAACUAGAGGCAGAAGUUCGACGUAAUACAGACUCUCAGAAAGGAGUCCGCAAAUAUGACAGGCGCAUCAAAGAGCUGACUUACCAGGCCGAGGAAGACAAGAAGAACUUGACAAGAAUGCAGGAUCUGAUUGAUAAACUGCAGCUGAAAGUGAAAAGCUAUAAGCAUCAAGCAGAAGAAGCUGAAGCUCAAGCUAACCAGUACCUUGCAAAGUACAGGAAACAGCAGCAUGAGUUGGAUGAUGCUGAAGAACGAGCUGAAAUAGCGGAAUCCCAGGUCAACAAACUCAGGACCAAGUCAAGAGACAUUGGCAUAAAAAAGGUUCAUGAUGAGGAGUAAACAUAUUGUGCCUUGAAUACUUGGUGGCUGAAAUGGCGCUUGCAUAGGGGGGCAUUCGUCCGAUGCUGAAGCAGAAAACAAACCAAC